AUGGGUUCCAGCACGAUCUACGUCGAGCCUAUGCUUUGCCGCUGGCCUCCAACAAAACCCCUACCUACCGCGUACGGCGAACCAGUUGCCAUAAUUUCAUUGGACAAGGUCAAAGGCAAGAAGAUGGUCCUCCGCAUCUACCGUGGGGUCCUGAGCCAUUACGCCCCGGUUUUCGGUAAGCUCGUGGAACCCGAAGGCGUGUCGGAAGAUACCAUCUACCUCAAAGAUGUAUCUUCCGAUACAUUCAGCAUCUUCAUCGACUGGGUUAAUACUAGUAACAUCUACAUUCCCAGCCUUGCGCUAGACGACACAUGGCAAUCUUUCAUAGAUGCUCACGAGUUCGCCAAGGUCUACGGUAUCCAGGAUUUUGAGAACCGCGUACUCGACGCAUUCUACUCUACCCUGAGCAAGGCACCAUACAUCAGCUUUCAUGCCAUGACAAUCGUUUACAACGGGACCGACGGCACUUCAUAA